UGAGUGUUUCUCCAGUACUGGUUACAACUAGGUGUUGGUUCACUAAAAAGUCCGUAUUUCAUAAGAUUGUUAUUCAAAUGUGACAAUUUGCAUUACAUUGCAUUAAGAAAUGGUUAAUCUAUAAAUUUUGAUAUUUUGAGCUCAUAAGGUGCUAGGGAAAUAUUGAAAUUGUAAAAAAUGUGUGAAAUUACUACCCAAAAUGGCGGCUUUUGAUGUAACACGGAACACCAUAGUAUGAUUGAAUUAAUAUCGUACUAAAACCAAGGGGCAUAAAACUUCCAUCUUUGUUGGGAUAUGUUAACAAGAUCCUCAUAUUUCAAUGUCAUUAUUUAGUUUUUCUCAAGGUUAUCAAAAUAUUGAUUAAACACGGCCACAAAAAGGCGUUUGAGGCGCAUCGCGAUGUGUCCCACUUUAUACGGAAUUACAAUCCUCUAUGAAUUGUAAACAAGAAAUAAAUAAUAUGCUCAACAUUGCAUUUCUGUUACAACAAGCAUUAAAGAUUUCUUUUAAAGUAUUUUUUUUUGUUAAAAGCUUUCUAAACAUGCAUAACGAGCUUAAAAUAGGUCGAGGCGUCCCAGAUGAAGCGCCUGUGCUGCGUGUGUUAAGAAUGGGAUUAUUUUUCCCACGACACUACUUUUUAUGAAUGAGAGUUCUUUUGAGCAUCACAGGUAUUGUGUAGAACAAAAAAAGUGCCGCUUCCGCUGGAAAUACUAGCGUAGUAAUUAACAGGAGUACUUAAACAAUAGCGUGUCCCACAAUUAACCAUUGAUGCGCCCCAAGCGUCGACACGAUCAAUCGCCGGCAAUCUUGUACAAACAUCUCAUUUAAACUGUUUUUUGUGAUCUUUUGUGGAACAACAACCCAUCAGGUACGUAGAUAUUUCAUUAUUCUACUGAAAUUUAAGCUUAUUACGAAUAAGUUUGAUUGCAAUAUCCUAAUCGAAGUGCUUUUUUUAGAACGAGGUUACUAGAUUUAGCCAUUCAAUCAUGACGUCACGUGAAGCGUCUUGAAUACAAUUUAGUCUUAAAUCGUAAAGUUAAUCAAUUUUAAAGCCUGUUACUAAACAAAAAGUUUAUAUUUCCUAAACAAUUAUGUUGAUGUAAUAGUAGACGUGUGAAAGAAUUAAAAAUAAUCUACAUUUUUUUAUUUUGAGAAGUAAAUUGGGUUAGGCAUUGAGGCGUUCCAUGGGACCCCGUGUUGGUGUUUUCCAUGCAUAAAUUAUGACGUCACGUGUAGCGUCUAGUACGAGUUCAGGGUAUAUUAAGUUUUCUUUAUUCAUGGAAAGUUUCAAUCAAGAUUAAAUGAUUUUUAUAUUUCAGUAAUGGAGCUAUCUGUUAGAGUUUCAAAGCGUUUACAAGCCAAGAAAGACUCUCUAAAUAUACAAGCAUCAGAGCCUGAGUCAUUUCUAAAUGUACUAGUACCAGAGCCUGUGUCGCUAAAAAAUGUCACUCAAAAUAAUGUUUCUGGGUUGACACCUAGUGCUAUAAGGUAUAGAAGACACAGGGAAAAACUACAAGCUGAUCCAGAAAAAUUUGCUGCUUUCAAGGAAAAGGAUAGAAAACGAAGUGUGCUUUACAGACAAAAUAUUACACCAGAAAAGAGAGAAAGAGCUCGACUUUUAAGUAAUUUAAGAACACAAAAAUGCAGACAAAAAAAGAAAGAACUAGGUCUCCCUCUUAAUGAAAAAAAAGUAAAACCUGAAACACGUGCUGCUGUUUUAGAGCGAAGAGAAAAAGAGAGGUUGAGAAAAGCUGCAUACAGGGCCAAGUUAAGCCCACAUGAAAAAGCCUGGAUAAACAGAAAACGCAAAGAAAGAAAACAGCAAGCUAAUAGUCCACAAGCUAAUAGUCCCCUUUGUGUCAACUCUGCAGAGGUUGGCGAAUCACUUGGUACUGGAUUCCAGACUCCAGUGGCAAAAAGAAUGGCUGUUUCAAGGGCUUUGAUGAAAUUACCUAGAUCACCUAAGAAAUAUGCUGCAGUUGUUGAAGGUCUCUCACAAAUACGCUCCCCAAGAAGAAGUAAAGCUCUCCAAGACUUAGGCUUUCUGCGUCUACCUGAGAGAAGAAAGCUCAUCUUUCUAAACAACAUUAAUGAAAGCAUCAAAACCUAUCUACACUCUACCAGCAAAAAAAGGAGUCAGAUGUCUAAUGCUCGCAGACAAGUACUCUGCAACAUCCUUACUAAGUAUAACAAAUUCAGAGGUUGUGCUACUCAUUUCAAACAUUUUGGUUUUUCAAGAAGUUUUAUGUCCAAGUGCAAAUCACAAAACAUAGCAAGAAAAAAACGAAGUGAUUGCAUUACACAAAAUGCCUUGGAAACAAUUCACAACUUUUACAGCAGAGAGGAUGUCUCAAGAACUGAUCCAUCUCAAUCAUCUGUGAGUGCACGAACUGGAAAACCUAAACGCUUCAUGCAGAAAACGCUGAAGGAGGCAUAUACUCAAUUGAGUACUCAUGCACCCACAUUAAAGGUAUCGUUCUCAAAGUUUGCUAAAUUGAAACCAUUUAUGACAAAAGCUACUCAACAUAAUAAGAUGCAGUCUUGCUUAUGUGAGUUCUGUAUGAAGAUUUUUCUUUAUAUGGAGGGCAUUAAUAAGUUUCUAAUCAAAAAAGGACACAGAGAGCUGACAUUAAAAAAUCCAGCUUCAUCACUUGACUUAACUCUAUGCCCAAGAACUAAUGCCAAUUGUUUUCAUAAGCUGCAGUGCAUUGAAAGAUCAUGUAGCAACUGUGGUGUGGAUUUAAUUAACAAGUAUUUUGAGCCUUUAAAAAAUUGCAUGGAUGAAUUAGCAGAAUGGAGCAUCUGGUCAAAGAUGACAGAUGAGUAUGUUCAGAGUGAUGGUACACUGCGAAAGGUAAUAAAGUGGCGACCAGUAAAUAAAGAAGGCCCUUUCAAUGACCUAGUAACAUCAAUGCAGAAAGAUUUGGAAAAAUUCAGCCUUCAUCUUUUUACAGCUAACUGGCAACAGCAGCAGUUUGCAGAUUUGAAACAAGAUUUACCAUGUGACUGGCUUUUGCUAGUUUCUGAUUUUGGUCAAAAUUUCACAUGCCACCACCAGGAUGAAAUCCAAGGUGCACACUGGGCUCGAACAGAGGUCACUAUUCACCCAGUAGUGAGCUACUACAGAGACAAAGAUUUGAUAGUCAAAGAAAGCAUGGUUUUUUUAUCAAAUGACCUAAAACAUGAUGGCCAUGCAUCACAACACUUUCAAAUGAAAGUGAUUUAUGAGUUAGCUAAUCGUGGUCAUGCUUUCACUAAAGUUAUCAGUUUUAGUGAUGGAUGUGCAGCACAGUACAAAGGAAAAUUAAAUUUUGUAGACUUAUCUUUCUCAAAGGAAGAUACAAAUGUGUCCAUAGAGAGGCACUAUUUCGGUAGUCGCCAUGGAAAAGGGCCAUGCGAUGCUGAAAUAGGUGUUGUUAAAAAAAAUGCUACAUUGGCCAUUAAAAGAAGAAUGGCCAUUAUUUCUGAUGCAAAGGGGCUAUUCCUUUGGGCAAAAGAAUACAUGACAAAGGCAGAGCCUACAAGUAAAAGAACAUUUUUCCUUGUGGAACAAGGAGAAAUCAAUCGAGACAGGCCUGACAGGUCCAACGAAAAGAUUCGAAGCCUUCAGGGAUCGAGGUCAGUCCAUGCAGUGAGAGGUAUUACACCUUACAAUAUUGCCUACAGAAAAAGAAGCUGUUUCUGCUUUCCUUGCAGAAAUUCAGAUGGCAGUCAGUGCCUGCAUGAUGAAAUAUGUGGAUCUUGGAAUAUGUUCAAACUUCAGAAACAGAAUGUGGUGCAAUCUCAAUCAAAUCUUGAAUCCUCUUUGGAUGUCAGUCCCAUAUGCUCAAAUUCAAAGGCCCAAACAUUGUCCUCCACAAAUCAAAAGUACAUUGUAAAUAGCUGUGUGAUUGUCAAGUAUGGGGAAAUAUUCUAUCCAGGAGUUGUGACAGAAGUCCUGGAUGAUCAGCGCAGAAUAAAUUUUUUAAAAAGGCACAGAAAUAAAAGAGAUAUAUUUGUAUACCCAGAAGUGCAGGACAUACAAUUAGUGUAUGCAGACAUGAUUGUUACUGAAGUGAUGUUGAUACCAAAUGGCAAUAGUUUGAGAGAGUGGAGAGUGGAAGGUUUUGAUUUCUGAAUAAAAUUUGUGUACAGUU